AUGCCACCCUCUCUCUCGCUCUUGUCGGAUACCAAGGAGAAUAUCAAUUCACUGCAGGAACCUCAAGAGCAGGCUGUCAGCACUAGGAAGAUUCCACGGAAUGCGAAGUGGAUUUCGGGAGAUGAUGCAACACUCCUUGACUCUCUCAAGACUUUUGCUGAUGGAAACUCAGCUGAUAAUGGCACCUUCAAGUCUGCAGCAUUUACAGCUGCAGCAAAGGCCCUCAAAGACAGCCACAAAACCAGUGGGGGUGCUCUGAAAACUGCAAAAAGUUGCUCGUGUCAUUGGGCCACUUUGAAGGCCAACUGUGUCGUUGUCCAAAAACUGCGAGAGCUGUCCAGAUUUGGAUGGGAUGAGACGAGGAAGAUUGUCAUUGCCAGUGACAAAGUGUGGGAUGAUUACCUUGAGGUUUGGCAUUUGACACCAUUCCCCCUCUAUGAUGACAUCAUCGUGCUCGUGGAUGGGUGUCAUGCCACGGGUGAAGGGGCACUGCAUAUUAAUAGUCUUGGGUAUGAGACAAGCCCUCCGUGGCCAAGCACACUUCUCCUCGAUGAUGAAGAUGAUGUCUUCGUAGGUGAGGAUGCACUUGGAGGGAAUCACAAGUCUGAAUCAGCUGACGAGAAAUUGACACCUAUUUCUCACACUCCAUGUGUUCCGAAACGCGGACAUGCUCCUUCAGUAUCACCAGCUUCAACUGGAGUCCAUCAAAAAUGUUCCAAUGCAAAGCUGACUGGUCCAGCAGCAAUUCUCGGAGUAGCUGAUGCUCUCGAGUCUGUUGCUACGUCAUUCACUGCUCCUACUAGUUUUCUUGAUGAUGUUCCCAGUACUCCGAAACGACGUAUCAAUGUCAUCCAGGCUGUUUGUGCUGAUGCAUCCUUAUCUUCUGACGAACGUGCCAAGGUUGUUGCUCUAUUUACCAAGGAUGUAGCUAUUGCAGAUGCCUACACUGCCAUUUCAGAUGUCCCUCUCCAUUCUAUGUACAUUCGUCUUGAACUUGGAAAAAUGUAG